ACGUCACAUGACCUCAAGAUAAGGUGUCUGCAGUGUCUAAUGUUAACGACGGGAAUGAGGAGAAAGUUUGGUUUAGAUCUGUGAUAUUUAAUAUAAAAUAUAUAUAUAAAUAAAUAUAGCAUUGCAGUUAUAUUUAAUGAAUUAUACAAGAUAUAUUAGUAAACUGUGUAUCGUUUACUUACCAACCUUAUUUUGUUGCUGAUGUGGGGCUUGCCAUGGCACUUAGAAAAGUCAAGGGUAACUUCGAGCGUAUGUUUGACAAAAAUUUAACAGAUUUAGUUCGUGGAAUAAGGAAUAACAAAGACAGCGAGGCCAAAUAUAUUGCUCAGUGUAUUGAAGAGAUAAAACAAGAACUGCGUCAAGACAACGUUGCUGUCAAGGCAAAUGCUGUUGCUAAACUUACAUAUCUGCAGAUGUUGGGUUAUGACAUCAGUUGGGCAGGUUUCAAUAUAAUUGAAGUGAUGAGCUCAUCCAAAUUUACCUAUAAGAGAAUAGGGUACCUUUCAUCAUCGCAGAGUUUCCAUUCUGAUACUGAAUUGUUGAUGCUCACAACAAACAUGAUCCGCAAGGACCUGAACAGUCAGAACCAGUAUGAUGCUGGGCUUGCUUUGUCUGGGUUAUCAUGUUUCAUCAGUCCUGAUCUUGCUAGGGACCUUGCCAAUGAUAUAAUGACUCUGCUGACAUCAACUAAGCCCUAUCUCAGAAAAAAAGCUGUCCUCAUGAUGUACAAGGUGUUUUUACGAUUUCCCGAAGCUCUUAGGCCAGCAUUUCCACGCCUUAAGGAGAAGCUUGAAGAUCCAGAUUCUGGUGUACAAUCAGCAGCUGUGAAUGUGGUGUGUGAGCUGGCACGCAAAAAUCCCAAGAACUAUCUAAGCCUGGCUCCAGUCUUCUUCAAACUAAUGACCACUUCUACUAACAAUUGGAUGCUCAUCAAGAUAAUUAAACUGUUUGGUGCCCUGACCCCUUUGGAACCUCGGCUUGGUAAAAAGCUAAUAGAACCACUCACCAACCUCAUUCACAGCACAUCAGCCAUGUCCCUCCUGUAUGAGUGCAUCAAUACAGUCAUUGCAGUUCUGAUCUCAAUUUCUUCAGGAAUGCCAAACCAUAGUGCAUCAAUACAGCUUUGUGUGCAGAAGCUGCGAAUACUUAUUGAAGACUCAGAUCAGAAUUUGAAGUACCUGGGGCUUCUGGCUAUGUCGAAGAUACUCAAAACACAUCCAAAGUCAGUGCAGGCUCACAAAGACCUCAUUAUGCAGUGUCUAGAUGACAAGGAUGAGUCAAUCCGCCUUCGCGCUCUUGAUCUCCUCUAUGGCAUGGUAUCUAAGAAGAAUCUCAUGGAGAUUGUGAAAAAACUGAUGGUGCACAUGGACAAAGCUGAAGGUACAACCUACAGAGAUGAGCUUCUCUCAAAAAUUAUUCAGAUCUGUUCCCAGAAUAACUACCAGUACAUCACAAACUUUGAAUGGUAUGUGAGCGUGUUGGUAGAAUUAACACGCAUGGAAGGUAGUCAGCAUGGAUCACUUGUGGCAUCUCAAAUGCUGGAUGUUGCAACACGAGUGCAAGCUAUCAGGCAAUUUGCUGUCCAGCAGAUGGCUUUGCUUAUAGACAGUGCACAUUUAUUAACAGCUCAGAGUUCUACAAUGUCACAAGUUCUCUAUGCAGCAGCCUGGAUAACUGGAGAGUUCUCUCAGUACCUGACAGACCCCCAGUCAACACUUGAAGCCAUGUUGCGUGGGCGUGUCUUUGCCUUACCAGGAGAUAUUCAGGCUGUUUAUGUACAGAACAUUCUCAAACUCUUCACUAACAUCCUCAGUCACACAGAGGAGCAUCAGGACAUUGAAAGAAUCAAUAAGCUGUGUGACAUGAUAGCAGAGAAUUUGCCACAGUUUGUGUCAAGUGCAGAUCUAGAAGUCCAAGAACGGGCUAGCUCAGCUCUGCAACUUGUGCGGUAUUUACAGAAACAAAUUAACAAAGGUGAACUUGGAGUAGCUACAGAGUUGACAGCAUGGUUUGCUGGAGAAUUGAAUCCUGUGGCUCCUAAAGCUCAGAAGAAAGUUCAAGUUCCCGAAGGACUGGAUCUUGACAUGUGGAUUAAUGACCCUCCAUCUGAGAGCUCGGAGGAUGAGGACAUGGCCGGAGUAGGAGGACCUGACAUAUUUGUUAAGGCUAACAAUUUGACAGAUGGAAUGUAUGGUGAAAAUAACCACAAUAAAGAGCUGGAAUUAACGGAGGAAGAGUUGGAAAAGCGUCGACAAGCCCGCAGACUGGAGCAGGCAAACAACCCACACUACUUGAAGACAUCUUAUGAACACAAGACAAACAACAGGUUCAGCAGCACAGUGAUAGAUGAAUUUGCAGAGAUUCCAAUUACAGAAAUUGACCUACCUGUCCAACUUAAAGUUCCAGGUCUCACUUCACCUGACAGCUAUCUCAAUUUGGAUCGGUCUUCGGACAAACGACACAAGAAGAAGAAAAGGAGGAAAGGAAAGAAAGGGAAAGUGGCCACAAGUGAGGAGGAAGAAGAGGUUGUUGCACCUCUCCAUGUAGUGAACACAGACAUUGGAGAAAUGCCUGAAGGAGCACAAGUUUCUGAUGGAGAAGAGCCUGACUCUCGACCAAAUGAUGAUCCUCAUAAAGCACUAGACAUUAACUUGGAUGAACCUCUGCGAGAUGAGGAGAAACUUCCUGUUCUAACACAUCGAACUGUAGAGUCGCCACCUACAGAACAACCUGGUGGAAAGAUGAAGAAACCUCACCACCACAAAGACAAAAGUAGAAGUAAGGACAAGGAAAAGAAGUCUAAGAGCAAAUCGAGAGAGCACCAUAGCAGCAAGAGUAGUAGAAAGGCAUUAGACAGUGUGGACUUGUGGCUUACUGAGGAUCCUCCAGAUAACCAGCCUGUGAUAUUAGAAUCAAAUCAGAAUGAAACUUACUCAGUUAAGAAUGUAGAACUGAAGACUUCAAGAGAAAAGAAGAGGAAAACCAAAGAUGGCAAAAAGGAGAAGAAGAAAGGACAAGUAAAAUACAAGGAAGGUUAUGAAGAAGCCGCUGGUAUCUCGACACCCUCUAAAGAAGUUGUGGAAGAUACUCUACCAGACUGUGUUACGUCUGAAGUUAAUCAACUGGCAGCAGUUGUGCAGCAACCUCCUCUCUCAGCCUACAUUAGGUUGGCAGGAGACAAGAAUUUGCAGCUGAUGUAUGAGACGAGACUUCUACCUCAUGAAAGUGAUCAAAUUGUAGUUUCCAUCGUACUGAAAAAUCAGAGUUCUUCUGUUAUUAAGGAGCUGGUUUUCAGCAUGUGUGAUACUCCAGCUGUGAGACUGCUUAGAGCUAACAGAGAUGAUCAGUUUGGAAUUAAGAUGCACUUCCAGCUCCCAGCAAGGUGUAAUAGUGAAGCUCAGCUUGCCUUCCAUGUGACAGAUGUGACAUUCCCACAUAAAGUGAGGGGCACUGUCACUUAUAUGGUCCAGAUUGCUGAUGGGUCAUCAACUCACGAGAAACUUGACUUCUGGUUAAAUCUACCAUGUUCAACUUUUAUGAUUGGUAGACUGUCACAUCGUGAUACUGUGACUGAUUUGCUCUCUAGUGGUCAACUCACAAAACGGAGAUCCAUGCUCCUUGAUGAUGUUCAAGAAGAAUUCUCACAGAUACUGGCACGAAUAUGUUUCCACUGCCACUUCAUACUUGUGGAGCAGGUUGACAAGACUGCAUCCCUCUACAGCCGCUCCAUUCAAGAUCAUCAUGUCUGUCUUUUGGUUAAGUCUGCAAAUAGUGGCAGUGAUGUGAAGGUCUCCUUAGAGGGUAAAAGCAAUUGUGAUAUACUUCUUGCAAACAUUCUCUCCGAGAUUGAGGUAUUGCUCCACACUUCAAAGCCGCAAGAAUCGUCAGCGUAGCUCCUGCCUGUACCGGCUCAUUCCAGUAUCACCAUAUGUGAAAAUGUUUUUAGUCAUCAAAUUCCAUUGUGUUUAUUUUUGGUAUUGAGGUAUCAGAAGAAACAUUUGUUUCCCAGGAAUUUCCUGUUUUUAUUACCACUUACAUAGAUAUAAAUUAUAAAUUUAAAGUACUGUCCAUACAUAAUACAGGUAAAUUGUGGGCACUGCUGCUGUAACAUAAAAUAACUGAAAGUAUGCUGUAUAUGUUUUUCAUUGUCUGGAUGCCAUGUGAACCUCAAGACUGCAUUUGUUCUUGAUAAAAUCUUGAAAACUUGAUUGAAGAUCAGUUUAAUUGCUGUCAGUGUGAGAAGUUUUCUUGGCUCCUUGUGUUGGAAUUCACAUGGCCUACUGCUCUGCUUACACCAGCCACUUACAUAUGCAGUAAUACCAUAUUCCUAGUGCUCAUUCAUGUCAGUAUUUAUUUAUCAAAACAUAAUUUGUGGGAUCUACAAGGCAGAUGCUUGAAAUUUCAGACAUCACCAUUCUGAUUUGAUCUGUCAGCAACAAGUUGAAAUAUAAAGACAAGUUAUUUGAAAACAAUUGUGAGUUGGACUUAAGGUUGCCAGCAGUGGACAUCAUCUUGUCUUAUGAGUGAGACUUGAUAUUCCAGUGCAAGGGGUUAGUGAUAUAAAGUUGAAGGAAGUGCAAGAAAAUGUAAAAAUAUUUCAUUUUUAAAUGAAUUUGAGAAGUAAUAGUGCAUAAUGAAGGUCACUGUAAGGUAAAGUUCAUUAGUUAUUUCAUGAGAUAUAGGGAGAGACAUGAUGAAUUAUAGGCAGAAGGAAAAUAAAAUUGGGAAUUGUAGUCAGUUCUGAAACAUUGGGUAAAUUUGCAAUUCUGUAUUCCAGCAUCCUGUUGCAAAACUUUAAUUAAAACGUCUGUGUAUCCACAGUCCGUCUAUAAUGCAGCAAUUGUUUAUUCA